GUGAAUGCGCGCGUGGUGUUGUGACGGUUAUAUGUGAAUUCAAACGUUCGUUGGUUUGAGCCUCGUGUUCGCGUUGGCCUUUCGGACGGCGUGUCAGGCAGUGGUUCUGUGGCCAUCUUGUUUUUGAUAGCUCGCCGUCGGGAUCGAACGCACAAUGCAAAGGCUACCUCGGCGGUUUGGUGUUUGAGCGUGCUUUAUGUACUGGGUGUCAGCUGCUGAUGGAUACAUCCCUUUGCGCUGCGUUGGGUCCGCAGGCCUCGGCACAAUGGAGCGGAGUCAACGUCCUUCCAGCGCCAACGAUCCGCACAGUGCUGCUCUCUCCGACUACACUGCCCCUGGCGGCGGCCAUGGUUACGCUCUUCGUAUCCGUGGCCGCUCUGGGACACCAGGCUGACGGCCACAAUGGAGACCUCGUGAUGGACGUCUACUUCGGCGACGACGAACAGCAGACGAAGCCGCUGCGGCUGCGCCCGGCUCGCGUCGAACCUUACUGCUGGACGGCCGGCGUGACGUACACCUACCUGAGGGAGGGCAUCUUCAGACCCAUGGUGGCUGCCUGGUUCAGCGGCCACAAUGGUUCCUGGGUCGCGGCGCACAAGGACUCUAUCGGCGUCUACCGCAAUCUCACGUCGGUACAAGACGUGUGGCUCCGCGGCUUGCUGGUCCUACCUCCAGAUGUGGUUCCAACGCGCACGAAUAUCAGGUGCGGCCUCCGGGAGGAAACUCGGCUGCCCGUCGGUUACACCGUUUCAUACGCCGUCAGCAGAGUGGUCGCGAAGGACUGCCGACUCGAAAAUGACGACACGCCUUCAGCGACGUGCGGCAGCCGAGAGUCGGUCCUACUCUUCAACUCUACGGGGGGUGCCGGUCACGAGAUGGCGUAUGUCUUCCAGGAACCCGGGACGUACCGCAUCGCGGUGACGCUGCAGAACCCGCUCAGCGCAGCCACGGCGAUGAAGACAGUCAGCGCGCUGGACGAAAUUCGAGGACUGCGAGUGAACUUGAGCGCCCCCGACGUUGGCGGUGGCCGUCAACCUUUCGUCCUGGCGACCGGAAGCAACGUGACGCUCCUGGCUACGUACGCAACAGGAACCGACGUUCGCUGCUCGUGGCACGUCCUCCCUGCUUGCGGCUCCUGUCUCGUCGUGGCGCCUGCGGAAGGACUGCGGGACCCCGCGAAGACGUGCGUGGCGUGGUUCCUGUUUCCCGUCGCCGGCGCGUAUUCAGUGACCGCGCAAGCCUGGAACGACCUGGGCCAGCGGCACGGAGCAAGCCAGACUGUCCCUGUGAUUGCACAGGACAGGGUGAAAGGUCUGCGAGUGUGGACCCGUGGGCCUCGGUGGGUCGCGAAGGUGGGAGCGCGGUUUGUGAUCGGGGUGGCUCUGGAAGAAGGCACGAACGCGACGGUCGCGUACCGGGUGCCGGGACAGCGGUGGACGCCAGUGCGACCUUCGCAUUCCGGGCGCGGCGCUCGCAGUGCCUCGCUUCGCUUCGGCGAGGCGGGUCUCCAGCGCGUGCGAGUGCGCGCCGCCAACUUGGUGUCGAUGGAACGCGCCGUCGUCACCGUGCGCGCCUUCAAGCGCCUGCCGAGGAGCCUCGUCCUCAGUGUGGUCAACUGCAGGGGUCACCGGGCUAUGGCGGCUGUCUUCACCCGGGCUGGACACUUCUUCCACCAGGAGUCCGUGGUGUACGCUUGGAAGCAAUCGCGCCGCACCGAGCGCCACACUUCAGUGCCUUUCUUCAGCGUGACUCUUCCUUACGGCUUGGAGUGGAGCGCCGUUCAACUCCGUGUACGCGUGCACUCGCCAGGUGAGUUCGGCGGACCUCUGUUUGGCGUGGUGUCGAUGUGAAGGGUAUGAAAAAAAAAAAACUAUGCGGUUCCUACGAACUGUGUGAACCAGAAGGAAACGGGGCGCUUCUC